AUGAGACUUUCGCUCCUUCUAUCUGGACUACUGCCUGCACUCGCAGUAGCAUCCGAGCUAUCACUUCAAACACUCAAAUUCUCAAUCCUCGGAGAAGAUGGUAGCCCUGUACGCUCAGAGACAUUCUCGGACAAGCAACUUCCAUCUCCCGCGCUAAGCGUGCGCUCGAGUGACACGCUGCGCGUCACAUUCACCAUCACCGACCGCAAAUCUGGCGAGGGCAUCCAGCCGCAUCAGACAUUCAUUCGUCUGUAUGAUCCAAUAACAAAGGAGGAAGGCGUGCAGCCGCUCCGCGUGUCCUCUGCUGGCAAAGCCAAAUUCGAUCUCAGCAUGUCAAAGCCACCAGCAUGGCUUCCUCCGACGACCGACCAACCGCUCGAAGUCUCGCUCAUCAUUGGCUCGUUUACCUACGACCCGCUACAUCGCAAACUCUUCAAUCUUGUCCUCCCACGAAGCCAGCCAGCUCCUGUUAGUCCAGAAGAGGUUCAUUACCACCCACAACCAGAGAUUCAGCACACAUUUCGACCAGAGCAAAAGAUUCCGAUGAAAGCUAUUUCCGGCAUCUUCGCCCUCGCCAUGCUUUCUCCUUGGGUGGUCUUACUCACCCUCUGGCUCAACAUUCCUCACCGAACACCAAAACUAUUCUCGAGCGAGAUUCUGCCAUUCAUCAGUCUCCUAGCUGCUACCGAAGGCCUACUCGUAAUUUAUUGGGUCAACCUGACGCUGCCGCAAGUCUUGACGUACGGCGCUGUUCUCUCCCUCCUUACGGCGGCAACCGGGAAGCGAGCUCUGAGCACAGUGAGCAGAUGGAGGUCAGACUAA